UAGAGUUCACGCUACGCAACGACAGUCUACACAGGAUACAGCUUAACCUGUUGUUUUUCUGCUUGACACUGUUUCUAGGCAAACUGAGCGACAGCCUGACCAUAGUCAGCCUCUCAGUCGUUGCUUUGACCCUCCAUUGCAGGCACAUCACCACCUCCAUUGAUUUUGGUAUACGAAAGAAUUUCCCUACAAAGAGGAAUUGAUGAAAAUUAUCAGACGAAUCAUAAAAAGUCAACCCAGUCAAGGUGAACUGAGCACUGUGCACCUUUCAAUAACUUACAAACACACGUUUUGGACACGACAGGACAAGAUGUUUGCGAUGCUGAAGUUUUGCAAUCGACAAGGUGCCGCAGCUUUUCCUCAAGCAUUUAUUCUAACUAUUUCUAUUGUGGACAAUAUGGCAAAUCAGACAUCCGGACCCAGGAUCACCCAGGGUGAUCUGGAUUUAAGGUGCCCAAAUAGCAACGUAUUUCAAUCAUCGACAGUCUUAUCCAGUCCUGUUGCAACGACCGUGUCUGACAAAACCAUUCUUCCAUGGGCUGAGGCUAAUAUCAAUCGUACAAGACUUUCGAGACAUCCAGGCUGUAACAACGAGCUGACAAAGACAGAAAUCGUGGCUGUUGACGUAAGUGCUAGCAAGAGGACUUGCGCAGGUAGUGAUUUUGACGGCUUUAGAAAUGUUCACGAAUCAUUGGAAGGUACGACGACUAAGUGUAUAAGUGGAGUCGGGAUGCAGUGGCUAGAUACACGGACGACUAUACAGAGCCAGGUUAAAAAGUAUCAUAACACACAAUUAGUAACCGCAGACGACAGUGUGGAAUAUUCGCAGGACACCUACAGUGCUCAUCCGCGUACAGAGCGGGACGAGUUGUCAAAUAUCCAGGUAACGGGUAACACAAACAAGGACAAAGGUGACCAAGAAAUCGAGGGUUUGAGAAAGGAAUCUCAGCAAAUUUAUCCACGGUCAUUGAAUAUCACCGAUCUAGUCAUGGGAGGUUUAAUGUUCACCAUCAAACAGGAUGAGAACAAUGUCAAAGUGGUGGAACAGAGAACGAAAAUGGAAUUGGAUGAAGUUUUAGAGAACUCUGAAAAAAUUGAAACAAAAGAGGGUUCAAGAUGCUUGGUAAAUUCUAGUCUGCUUGGAUUGGAGAACCUUGUGACCAAUAUUGAAAUACCCGACAGUCACCUGAAAAUCCUAAGAACCACCAAUAUCAGUCCCACGGUCGACUACGAAACUUUCUUGCCUUACGAUAUACGUGAGAAUCGUGGAGGCAUGGCCACCGGAGGAGUCCUGCCAGUCCGAUCCAGUGUCGAUGAUGAGAGGACUGAUCUUAUUCGUUGCAACAGUCAAAGUUUGAUGGAAAGCUAUAAUGACAUCGACAACGUCGAUAUCAGCAACGCUGAUAAGAAUGGCAAUAAUAAGAAUAUUAAUGACAACGACAAUAAUAACAAUUACAAUAUUAACACCAGUAUCAAUAACAUCACAGCGAGCAAUGUUCACAUAGACAUGUGGAAAUUAUUACACGACAUGACCCGAGGUGCGAAAGUUGUGGUCGAACGUAUCAGCGAUGCUGAUGUGAGGAAUGCGAAGAAACCUUUGACGAACCAGGAAUCCGCAAAUACAGGCAGCUCUGCAUGUACUUUACCUAGCAGCAUAAAUCGACGAUGGUUAGAAAUGUAAUUCAGCAACUGCAAACGCGCAAAUAUAAAGAACAGAAGUAUAGAAGGCGGGCUUUCAAGUGAGCAAAUUAUACAGAGGUCUUAGAUAUUUUCACCAUACGAAAUUAAUACGGUAGUACUUGGCACAAUGGAAGUGCGAUAAAUCUGUAUAAAAGGGCAUUUACGUGUACAGUCUGUAGAAGGAGGUGAAUUGACAAUAUCGUAUGUUUGAAUUUUAUUCAAUUCUUAUUCAGUAGGUAUGGAUUUCAUGGUUCACUGAUGGUCAAAAAGUAUCCACAACUGUGUAAGGCAUGGUUUUGUAUUUCUUAAAAUUAGCAAUAUUUCGUAAUUAUUGGACAAUCAAGGGAAAACUAUCACGUUGUACAGUAUCGGAUUGCCUUAAUAUAAAGUAACAGUUUUUAUGAAACAUUACGCUAUACCUGUGUAAAUAUAAAAAUUUGAAUAUAUCGAUAGAAUUCCGUGAAACGGAAAUGUUACGUUCAAGCGUGGGCCAAACGAUAGUUGCGUCGGGUAGCUUGGAUCAGUACAGUUCACGAAAUCCUCUCGGUAAAUCGAUAAACUGGUCCGCUAAGAGAUUCAAAUACAUUACGUUACUUCAGCAACGGCCGUAAUGAGUAAAUCCUCAAAAUUAUUCAACGUGUUUGAUUUUUCUACUAAUAAAUUGUUCCCAACAUGAAA